UUAGCGAUUGGCUGAGCGCACUCAGCGGGUUAGGUUGUAUACUUAGUAUAUGUAGCCGGCAGCUGAGCACGCCGUUGCUUGUGCCGACGCUGUUUGAGGUAAACUAAGGCCGUUUCGGAGCGCAGAGCCCGCCCCAAGCCGGACCUUCCGCAGAUUUCAGUUGACCAAAGAAAUGGUGAUGGAGAAGCCAAGUCCCCUGCUUGUCGGGCGGGAGUUUGUGAGGCAGUAUUACACCCUGCUGAACCAGGCACCAGACUUCCUGCACAGGUUCUAUGGCAAAAGUUCCUCCUAUGUUCAUGGUGGUUUGGACAGCAAUGGAAAGCCGGUGGAUGCUGUAUAUGGGCAGACUGACAUCCAUAAGAAAGUAAUGUCCUUGAAUUUCAAGGAUUGCCGAACUAAAAUCCGGCAUGUUGAUGCCCAUGCCACUCUGAACGAUGGGGUUGUGGUACAAGUUAUGGGUGAACUUUCCAACAACAGGCAACCCAUGCGGCGCUUCAUGCAGACCUUUGUGUUGGCACCUGAGGGAUCUGUGGCAAAUAAGUUUUAUGUCCAUAAUGACAUAUUCCGUUACCAGGAUGAAGUUUUUGGUGACUCUGACACAGAACCUCCAGAAGAAUCGGAUGAGGAAGUAGAUGAGCCUGAAGAGAGGCAGCAAACUCCGGAAGUGGCUGCCACAGAUGACAGCGCAUACUAUGAUCAAACUGGCACAAACAAUGACUUGGAUGAACCACUGGAAGAGCAGAUUGUAGAGCCUGAACCAGAGCCAGAGCCUGAACCAGAGCAAGAACCCGAACCAGAAGUGACUGAAGAAAAAUGUGAGCCCGUGUCUGAGGAACCUACUCCAGAAGAGGAAGAGGUGGUUGAAAAGAGCCCAUCUCCUCUUCCUGCAGAUCCAGCACCAGCAGUACAAGAAGACUCAAGGGCCUUCUCAUGGGCUUCUGUAACUAGCAAAAACCUUCCACCCAGCGGGGCUGUCCCAGUGUCAGGAAUACCCCCACAUGUUGUCAAAGUUCAGCCAUCACAGCCCCGACCUGAAGUGAAAAUUGAUAACCAGACGUCACAGAGACCACCACAGAGAGAUCAAAGAGUCAGAGAACAGAGGAUUACAACAGCUCCUCUACGACCUGGGCCCAGACCUGUGAGAGAAGGUGAACAAGGAGAGUUAGAAACUCGACGCAUCAACAGGUAUCCGGAUAGCCAUCAGUUGUUUGUAGGCAAUCUGCCUCACGAUGUGGACAGGAACGAGCUCAAGGAGUUUUUCCAGACUUAUGGCACUGUUGUUGAGCUACGUAUAAACAGUGGUGGAAAGCUUCCCAACUUUGGCUUUGUGGUCUUCGAUGAUGCAGAACCAGUGCAAAAAAUCCUUAGCAGCCGACCAAUCAUGUUCCGUGGAGAUGUCCGCCUGAAUGUGGAAGAGAAGAAGACCCGCGCAGCUAGAGAGGGUGACCGUCGUGGUGAGAGGCCUCGUGGCCCUGGAGGGCCACGUGGAGGUCUUGGAGGGGGUCUGCGAGGACCACCACGUGGUGCAAUGUCACAGAAACCUGGCUUUGGGGCUGGAAGGGGCGUUCAAGGUCCACGCCAGUGAUUUUUGGCUUUUCUGGGGUUGUUUUUCUUUUUUCUUUUGAGUGGCUUCUAACAUCAGAUUGGGUACAGCCCUCUUUUGUCCUGCAGCCUUCUGAAACUUGGGUCUUCGAUGUCUUGGCAUAUUUUCCCAACGUGACGGACUGCUACACUUCACCUGUCCCAUCCCAAUUGUGUUGCAAUUUUACAGAUUUUUUUUAUUUUUAUUUUUCUCCCUCUUCUUGACUCUGUUCCCAGAAUCCAGCAUUUGUUCGACAGUGUAUUUUAGGGGCUAAAAGGAAUAAUGGAUAAUUAAGCAUAAUGCUGUCUUCAGAAGUCAGAUACAAUGGAACAUUACCUGAUUUUAGGCAAAUCCACCGAUUUUGAAUGCUGGUGUAGCAUCUGGGCUUCUGACUGAUGGAAAAUUUGACACUUUACUCAAUGCCCUUUGUAGAAAGGGCUCUCCCUUGGCACAGUAUUCAGGUGUUGAGAGUAGAUUAUAUCCUUUGAAGCUGUGAGUAGUGAUGAAGAUGCAAGUGGCUUAGAGAAGCUACUUCAAAUCUCCAUCCGUGCUGUUUUACUUCAUAAAAAUAAAGGGUGUUCAUUGGAAUUUCUAUACUAACUUUUUUAUACGCCGCUAUCGUGGAAAUGAAAAUGAUAUCAUGGAAACUACUGUUUUACCAUUCAAAUUAUGGCUUUUGGGAUUGGUUUUAAAUGUCUAGCUACUUGACUUUAAAACACAUUGAAUUUGUUUAUAUUUUUUUUUUUUCUUUUUUUUUUAUAGGGAUUUUUUUUCCUCAUGGUUUUUAGUUUGUAUUUGUAAAAAAAAAAAAACAAAUUUCAAAAAGAGCAAAAUUGUUGUGCCUUCUAUUUAUCUCUCAUUCCAGUCUCAGCAAGUUAUUAAAAAUAAAAUACCUAAAAAUUUGAA